AGCAGCGUCACAGCUGACAGCUGACAGCCGAAAUUGACAGCUGUUGGUGAUGGGUCUUCUAAUUUCUUGUGUGGAAAAUAAAAGGGAAGCUCCGAAUAAAUUGUGCUAAGUAUGGCUGCCGUUUUCCGUGUGGGCAUUGUGCGCCUCUGCGGCCGUAAUGCUGCUCCCGCAUUGUUGAAUCCCCAAUCGGCGUCUCCAAUGGCUCUAACGCAGAAGUGCACCAUCAUGGGUAAAUCUAUGCGUGGUGGCCCACGAGUACCAAAAGCCGCUCCAUAUCCAUAUAAGGAAAAGAACUACACUGUGUUGAAUUCCUUUUUCGAUAAAACAUCGAAGCGUAUGGAUGAAAACUCCAAAGUCAUCUGCGUUGAGGGCCCAAUUGGUGCGGGCAAAAGCAAGUUUGCCAAAGAGUUAGCUGAUGAAUUGGAAAUGUGCUACUUUCCCGAAGUCAAUUUGGAUUUGAUUUAUAUCAAUUCUUAUGGCUAUGAUAUGCGCAAAUUAGAUCCACAGCUGCCAGAACUCUGUCGUUCCUAUGAUGUGGCGAACUUUUGCCGUGAGCCCAACCAUCCCUUGGCUGCGCAGUUCCAGAUACGCAUGUACAUGCUGAGAUAUUCACAGUACAUAGACGCCUUGCAACAUGUCCUUUCCACUGGUCAGGGUGUGGUUUUGGAUCGAAGUUGCUAUUCGGACUUCGUGUUCUUGGAAGCAAUGCAUAAGAACGGUUACAUCUCCCGUGGUGCCCAUUCGGUGUAUUAUGAAAUUCGUCAAAAUACUAUUAGUGAACUGCUUAAGCCGCAUUUGGUGAUCUAUUUGGACUGCCCAGUCGAUGCCGUUAAGCAACGUAUCAAGGCCCGCAAUAUCAACUACGAAGUAAAUUCAAAUGUGUUCACUGAUAGCUACUUAAAGGACAUUGAAACGUUCUACAAACAGCACUUCCUUAAGGAUAUCAGCACUCAUGCUGAAAUCUUAGUUUACGAUUGGACUGCUGGCGGUGAGACGGAAGUUGUGGUUGAAGAUAUCGAACGCAUAGAUUUUGGGCAGUUCGAAGUGGACCACCACAACAAGAAAAUGAAGGACUGGCGUUUUCCACUCGAAUCCGAAUGGUGCGAGGCCCGAAUUAAGUACUGCAAUGAAAAAAGCACUUUGAUGAACUAUUUCAACGUACCACGUUAUGACGUUCCGGAAUUGGUGCGCGAUGCCGAUAGCAGUAAGAUAUGGCGCGAUGUAUGGUAUAAUGCGCCUGGCAUGAAAUAUCGUCCUGGCUACAAUGAAGACAUGGGUGACACCGGUUUGCUCACUAAAACAAAAGUGGGAAUCAAUGAGCCAAUGUAAACAGUCAUCAGUUAUUUGUUAGUAAAUUUUGAAUAAAAGAAAAUAACGGUAUGAAAUGCUGUGUUUAAAAUAGAAAGAAGAGGAUAAUGGAAAAGCUAAAUAAAAACCAGUAGCUGAGAACGAUUUGUAUCGAAAAUCAUAA